UAGCAGGAGGCAAUUUAAUAUUUAUGAAGUGUUCUUGUUUGAAUCCCAAGUCUUCGGCUCCAGUUACAAGGAGCUGCGUCACCCUGCGAUCACAUGGUAAUUGUUGCUAUUUCCAGGAUCCCAGCCUCGCAGAGUGGCACAAGAGCUCUUUCCCCUUUUCUCGUCCUUUUCCCUCGCUGGCCGCUGUUUUCGGGCGGGUUUUGCCGGCCCCCGGGCGGGCGGGCGGGCGCGGGGCGAUGCCGGGGCCGCUGCCCUGAGCCGGGGCGGGCGCAGCCGCUCCCCGCCCUGCCCCUGCCCGGAGCCGCUCCGUGAGAGCGGGACCGGCCCGCCGGCCCCAAAAUGACCGAGCUGGAAGGGGACUUCACCAAGCUGCUGCUGCUGAAGGAGGAGCGGAUCAAGGAGCUGGAGCGGCGCCUGGGCGAGAAGGAUGAGGAGAUCCAGGAGCUGCGGCGGCGGCUGCACAAAUGCCAGUCCGUGCUGCCGGCCCCCAGCCCGCACAUCGGGCCCCGCACCACCCGGGCUCAGGGCAUCUCCGCCGAGCCGCAGACCUACCGCUCCUUCCACGACCUCCGCCAGGCUUUCCGCAAGUUCACCAAGGCAGAGAGGUCCAAGGAGCUAAUAAAGGAAGCGAUCCUUGACAAUGACUUCAUGAAGAACCUGGAAUUGUCCCAGAUCCAGGAGAUUGUGGAUUGUAUGUACCCCGUGGAGUAUGGCAAGGACAGCUGCAUCAUCAAGGAGGGAGAUGUGGGUUCCCUGGUCUACGUCAUGGAAGAUGGGAAGGUUGAAGUGACAAAAGAGGGAGUGAAGCUCUGCACCAUGGGGCCUGGCAAAGUUUUUGGGGAGUUGGCCAUCCUCUACAACUGCACCCGGACAGCUACUGUCAAAACUCUCGUAAAUGUGAAACUUUGGGCUAUUGAUCGGCAAUGUUUUCAAACAAUAAUGAUGAGGACUGGCCUCAUCAAGCAUACUGAGUAUAUGGAAUUUUUGAAAAGCGUUCCCACAUUCCAGAGCCUUCCCGAGGAGAUCCUCAGUAAGCUUGCAGAUGUCCUGGAAGAGACUCACUAUGAGAAUGGAGAAUACAUCAUCCGCCAAGGGGCUCGAGGGGACACCUUCUUUAUCAUCAGCAAAGGAAAGGUGAACGUCACCCGGGAGGACUCUCCAAGUGAAGAUCCCGUCUUUCUCCGCACUCUGGGCAAGGGGGAUUGGUUUGGAGAAAAAGCUCUCCAAGGGGAGGAUGUCAGGACAGCCAACGUCAUCGCAGCUGAAGCGGUCACUUGUCUGGUCAUAGACAGAGACUCCUUCAAGCACCUGAUCGGGGGCCUGGAUGACGUCUCCAACAAAGCCUAUGAGGAUGCAGAAGCAAAAGCAAAAUACGAAGCCGAAGCUGCCUUCUUUGCCAACCUGAAACUGUCGGAUUUCAACAUCAUCGACACCCUGGGAGUCGGAGGCUUCGGGAGAGUGGAGCUGGUGCAGCUGAAGAGCGAGGAGGCCAAGACGUUCGCCAUGAAGAUCCUGAAGAAGCGGCACAUCGUGGACACGCGGCAGCAGGAGCACAUCCGCUCCGAGAAGCAGAUCAUGCAGGGCGCCCACUCCGACUUCAUCGUCAGGCUCUACAGGACGUUCAAGGACAGCAAGUACCUGUACAUGCUGAUGGAAGCCUGCCUGGGGGGAGAGCUCUGGACAAUUCUCAGGGACAGGGGUUCAUUCGAGGAUUCCACCACCAGGUUUUACACGGCGUGCGUAGUGGAAGCCUUUGCCUACUUGCAUUCCAAAGGGAUCAUUUAUAGGGACCUCAAGCCAGAGAACCUCAUUCUGGAUCACCGAGGUUAUGCCAAGCUGGUCGAUUUUGGCUUUGCAAAGAAAAUAGGAUUUGGAAAGAAAACAUGGACUUUUUGUGGCACCCCGGAGUACGUAGCCCCCGAGAUCAUCCUGAACAAAGGUCACGACAUUUCGGCAGACUACUGGUCCCUGGGAAUCCUGAUGUAUGAGCUCCUGACUGGCAGUCCCCCUUUCUCAGGCCCAGACCCCAUGAAGACCUAUAACAUCAUAUUAAGGGGAAUAGACAUGAUUGAAUUUCCAAAGAAGAUUGCCAAAAAUGCUGCUAACUUAAUUAAAAAACUAUGCAGGGACAAUCCAUCAGAAAGAUUAGGGAACUUGAAAAAUGGAGUGAAAGAUAUCCAAAAGCACAAAUGGUUUGAAGGCUUUAACUGGGAAGGGUUACGGAAAGGGACACUGACGCCUCCCAUCAUCCCAAGUGUCGCGUCUCCCACGGACACAAGCAACUUCGACAGCUUCCCAGAGGACAGUGACGAGCCACCCCCUGACGACAACUCAGGAUGGGACAUAGAUUUUUAAUGUUCUUUCUCUUACCUGCUUCUGCCUUGCUGAGGACAGCUUUUCCUGGGACGUGGCUGCCAGCGGAACGGGAAGACCGGAAUCGGGGAGGAUUCGUGCUCGGGGUCACCAUGAUGCCUUGAUUGAUGCUGCUCCAGUAACUCCAGUGGCAUUAGGACUUCUUGCUUAGUGACAGUAGUGCUCUCCAUGUUUUCUGUUGGAACGUGACCUGGCGUGGGCACGGUGGUCCUGACACAGAGCCUUGCUCCGGCACAGAACUCCUCUUCUGUGGCCACAGAGAUCCUGGCACACUCUUGAUUAGCAGAGUCAGAGAUCCGUAGGGUAAGAGGCACUUAAUUCCAGCUGCUUUUUCCGUAGGAUCAGUAGUAAUUUAUGAAGUGCUGCAGCUACUCCAGUGCAGGAUUUGGGCUAUUCCCACCCUCCGAGCUCCGCAGGGCAGCGCUGGAGCCCAGGAGGAGCACGGGCAAAGCGCUCCCAUCCGAGCAGUGGGGAAUGUGUCCUUUUCCUUUCCCAGCAGUAUUCCCGACGAGACUGAAUGUGCCCUUUCCUCUUUGUUUUGGAAACAUUUUGGCUCAGCCUGGUCAAACAAAAGCACAACUGCUGCAGAUGCUGUCGAGGCAGAGUUGGGUCGUUCCCCUCACGUGGCAGCACCACCUUUGGGCUUCAGUUCUCCUUUCCCUUGGUACCAACACACGCACGGAAAGAGAAAAUCAUGGAAUGAAUCCACUGCACAUCUACUGCUCCAUUGUACAUCUACUGAUCCAUCGUAAUCUGUUGAUCCAUUGCACAUCCAUUGAUCCAUUUCACAUCUGUUGAUCCAUUUCACAGUGCUCCAAUCACGGUCCUGAACAAGGCAACAGCAGCCCACCCGUCUGAUUAGGUAUAAAAUUAAGGAUAAUUUGGAACUUUUUAGGCCCAAAGGGAAAAACAUGAGACCUGUGAUGUCCUCUCGAGGUGCUACAUCCAUCCCUCACCUGGGAAGGAACCUGUCCCUGACCCAUCCUGUCAGGAAUAUGUAGCAGAGGCUCCGUUCUCCCCGUUGAUGAUUCCAUGUCUCCGUGUCUGCAUCUCUUCCGUGUUUAAACAGAAACCCUGGGCCAGUCUGCUGGCUCUGCUGGAACAUUGCCAGUAGUCCUGAUGCCCCUCCAGGCUAAGGAGCUCCACAGGAAAGUCAGUGGAAUUCAAUGGGAAAUGGAUAUUGGAAGAUCCCCAUGAGGUCUCCAGCGUGCCAGAUCCACGUGACUGUGUUUAACACAGGGAUGGCCAAAUCCAUAUGGAAAAAAGAACUAGGGAAAACAAUAUUGUCAGGACAUGCUUUUCCCUCCCUUCUACUGCUUUUCCUUUGCUUGUAUUCCCUCUUCUGGUUUAUGGGAUGCAGCAGAGGGAUCCUGUCCUGGGUGCCUAUUUGUUACAUAUACACGGGAUUGAAAGUUUAUCCCAUUAUCCAACAGGAAACAUCAGCUUUUGGUCUCUCUGAGAGACCUCACCCCAAAAAAGUCACAGAAUCAUGGAAUGAUGGAAUGGUUUGGGUUGGAAGGGACCUUAAAGGUCCUCUCAUUCCAGCCCUUGCUGUGGGUGAGCAGGUGCUGCCUCCUUUCAACCUCAGCCAAGAGCUGAUCAUGGAAAGGCCAAGUCUUGCUGACAAGGACUUUUCCCACAUAUGACAUGGAAAAGGUCUGUUUGAGCAGUAAAAAAUUCCUUCCCUGAUGCUAAGUCCCAACUCUUUUGCAUGUUUUCCAUUAAAGGAUGUAAUCAAAAGAGUAUUUUGACAGCAUGGGCCGUGUCUGCUGUUCACCACGAGCUGGGUCGCGUGACCCCUUUGAAACCAGUCUGUGGCUCUGGAAUUCCCUCUGUUUUCCAAAGGGUGAGGCCACACCUCUGGCACAGUCACUUCUGCUGUUCUUUAACCAUUAAAACUUCAUUUGUCUUCAAAAUCACAGGGAAAAGGCAGCACCCGCUGGCUUUUCCACCUCUCUCCAAGGGAUGGACAGCACUGAGGGCCAAGGCUGAGCACGAGGGCUAAAACAUUCACCAGGCAUCUUAAACAGGCCUGACAGCCAAAUGCUUCCCUCACACCCCCUGGAUUUUCACUCCAUGGGGACAGCUUUCUGUAGGAGUUUGUCCCAGGAUGGUGACACCUGAUGCAAUUGGCAGGCAAGGAAAACAAAGCACCACAAAGAUUUGGGGAUCAAGCUGAAAACGUGACAGGAAGGAGGGUCUGGAAUGGGCUGAGCUGUUGGGUUUCUUUUUCCUGUCCCUUUUUUCCCUCAUGCCAGGCAUGGGAAUUGACACCUGCAGCGUGCACUGUGCUGAAUCUGAGUUUCUUUUGAUAUCAAACACCUCACUCGACUUCCAUGGCCUCUCCUGAGCAUUAACACUUUGCAUAUGUAUAUGAUAAGCCUUCAGUUAUAAUAAUAUAUUUAAGUUGCUUUAUAUAUAUCUCUAUAUAUCCACAACAAGGGAUUGCCUCUGUGUUUCCACCUCCUGUCCUUAUUUCUUUGUCUCCUUUCCUGAUCUAUGGGACGACAGCGUUUUUAGGGAAGGGGGAAUCGGCUCCCGUGCUUCCAGAGGGGGCUUUGAUUGGUGGUGUGGCUUCUCCUGGAGCUGCAUUGCCUACAGCAAACUCUUCUUCAACAACAGGACCACGAGCAGAUAUUUCUGUAAAUAGGUAUUUUCGUGUCGAUGUUUUGUGGGUCACACAGAACUUUCUGUUCUUUUCCAGUUCCAUGGCAUUAUUCCUUCAUUUCCUUAUUUGUAAUGUAAUGUUUUUAGGUCGAGGUAGACUUGAAUUAAUGUCAUAUUUGUCAGUAUGAUUAAAGUUUCUGUCAGCUGUCCUGUUCACCCACCUGUCCCAUAGUUCUAGAACGUCACUGGCUAUCUGGCAUUGUUGCAAGUGCCUUAAAUCCAUGGCAUCUUAUUUAAAAAAAAAAAAAAAGACAAAUUUGGUGUUAUGCUGCAUGACAAAGACAAACACACCUCAAACCGUCGUCCUUUCUUAGCUUGCUGCGUUUUACAGUUCUUUCUGCUACCGAUUUCUAAGCCUUUAUUAUCUGAUCUUGAUGAAUUACAGAAAUGAUGACGUCGUUCUCUGAUUUCUGUUCAAUGUACCAGAGCUGUGUAUCUGUUAAUGAGAUACAGAGUCAUUUCUGUGAAAUGUAUAAAUGUGAUGUGCGGGUCAAAUUAAUCUCUGACAUCCUAGCAGUCCGUAGACAGGUAUUCCUGUUUUGCUAAGCUCUGCAGAUCCCACCCAUCCGUGCUGUCCCACACACAGCCCCCCUCGGGAAUCUCCCACCUGGGAAAAAUCCACCCCGCCGGCGUUUUCCUGACCUAAAACCCCGGUGCAAAGACCAGGCUCAUUUGCACCACUCAACCAAACAGGAAUUGUGCUUUUCCCUGCCCCUUUCCCUGCAUCCAUGGGGAUGAGCCCUGGAAACUCCUCCUCGGCUCCCCAGCCCUGACAACGAGACUUGGGCGCUUUUAGGGCUUUCUCAGAAAAAGGGGAAAUUCCCAUUUGGAGUUGCCUCUCCCCCCUUGAGUCCCGAUUUACGCUUGUUUUACCCCAGCCCUUUGUUUUAUACUCUGAUUUUCUCUCCUUCCAUGGCAGAGGUUUUGUUUGUCAGGCCGAUGUCGGUCACUCCCCGGCCAUCGGCCGCUUGCACUCUUUGGAUGUUGACUGAGGAACUUUGGGGUUUUUUUUCAUAAACUUCCAUGGCUUUUGUUUCGCUCUGUACUCCCCCUGCAGCUGUAAUUGCCGAGUGCCUGUUGUAUACUUUAUAGAGUUGAAAUAAAAAUAAUUACUUUUGAA